AUGAACUUUUGCGUUGCUCCUUGCCUCACUCUGUCCCCAACGGCUGACAGUUGUCCCUUCGAGGCCAUCAGGCUAUCGUUCACGGGCAAUGUCAGGCUAGGACCAGGAGUAUUCACCCCUGGUGGCUCAAUAUCCAUUUCAUCACCACAUGCUGAAAUCUGGCUUCAAAAUAAACAGAUACUUAUACGAGAUCAAAACACCACACAUGGAACAUAUGUGAAUGGUAUCCGAAUAGUACAACAAACUCUCUUGCAGAAUGGCGACAUCCUCACAUUGGGUGCUCCAAUAAUGCGGUCCUCUAGUAUCCCCAACCAUGUAACCGAUGCACAACUCAAGCCCAUCAAAGCAACGGUGACCAUUGUGGGCGUCUGA